UUCUGCAAGAAAAACCGAUAGAUCCUCCUUCUGCUAACGCCACGAAACCGCAGCAACGUAGUUUCGAGAUUAGGAUAGUAGAUGUUCCGUUUUCCUUCUAAAACUUUAGGCUCCAAAAUCAGCGAAAAAAUCAUCGCUACUUUUCGGUUUCAUCUUGACCGGAUUUCCGAAACUGGAGGGUGCUUUCACCGGAGUUGCCUUCUUGGCCCCCAGGGAAAGGCCGGUCGGAUAAGUCGAGGUCGAAGGAGCCGUUGCGGGAGUCGAAGCCAUGCCCCCAAACGAGCUGCCACCAAACGAGUUUCCGGAGGAAGGAGCCGACGACGGACCGGCAGAUGACAGGCCACCGCUACCGAAUUUGGCAGCCAUUCUAGCUUUCGCUUCGUCUCGGAGUCUUGUUUGACGCAUGACAUAUUGCUCAUCGCUCUCUCCGGUGAGUCGCUCCAUUCCGUUUCUGUCUUCGCCCGGCAUGCCCUGGGCCUCCUGGAGUGCUGCGCCACCUCCAAACGCAUUGCCGGAAGAAGGAGUCGACAUCGGUCUGGCCGAUGAUGGACCCGCAGAGGACAAGCCGGCACUGCCAAACUUGGCCGCCAUUCUCGCCUUCGCUUCGUCACGGAGUCUUGUUUGGCGCAGGACAUACUGCUCAUCGCUUUCUCCGGUCAGCCGUUCCAUUCCGUUUCUAUCUUCACCMGGCAUGCCUUGGGCUUCCUGCAAACUUCCUCCCAUUGGUUUUGGCUGGGACAUGCUACCCAUGCCACCCAUCGAACCCGUGUUGCUACCAAAGUUGUCAAACAUGCUCGAGGAGGAUGGGUUGAAACUGCUGCUACUGGUAUUCGUUGAUCCAAAUCCACUGUACUUGCUGGUCUUCGGCUUGUUGGCCUGCACAUCUCGCUGGAGAGCCGCUAGACCGUCUGCAUCUGGUUGGGUCACAGAAGUGGCGACAUCACCCACCGUCGUUUUGAGAGAAUUCCAGAAGCUUCCGCCCAUAGAGGUCGCGGUACUGGCCAAAUUACUGACGGCACCUCUCGUCGAUUCAUCGUUCACGGCCGAUGCAGCCGAUGAUACCAAAGACAAUCCCGACGAGAAGACGCCCGAUACACUACUGAUGACGUUAUCCAUAUCGGGAGCACUCAAACCAUAACCUCCUCCACCGUUCGGAUUGUAAUUGGGGUUGCUACCGAUACCUUGCAUAGAGCUGCCUACGCCGCCCAUGCGUCCCGCGUUGUUGCCGAAUUUUGCUCUCAUUCGGGCCUGUGCCUCUGCUUUCAAUCUCGUUUGUCGCUGGAUGUAUUGUUGAUCAGAUUCCCCGGUCAAACGUUCGAGGCCAUUGGGAUCGUUGCUUCCCAUCGGCGCUUUUCCGGCACCGCCCAUGCCCGAAGACGCCGAAGUUGGUGCGGCCGCUCGCUUGUUUCUCGGGGGUGGCAGCGUGGUGGGUUCGGGGCGCCCUUCUACGCGUGCUUUCAAGACCUCCUUGUAGAGCUGCGCCGCAUCCGAUUCGUACUUCGCCUUGACGGGCGUGUCGGGCUGGAUCCCCUUGGCCUUCAAGUAAUCGUUGCAUUUCUUGUUGCCUCCGUUUUUCAUUAGUGCC